AUGUUGACUGGUCACUGCUGCCAAUCGGAUAAGAAAAGGUCUGGUGAAUCAGCAUGGGACCUUAAUUAUGAAAAUGCUAAGAUUUAUGAUAGGUCCUUAAGAUUAUUGAGGGUCGGCAAUAAACGUGUUUACACAUCAAGUGACCAUUUUGCCCGAAAUAUGGAGUCUGAUUCUCACAAUGUAUCUGGAUACCGCAAUGACCUAUUCGAUGACUUGCGUUAUAUAUCUGGGCGAGGAAUCGAAGACGAUUUUGAAGAUGCUUUUGUCGUCAACCAACGGCGUUACAAGGAGCGUGCGGCCGCUGCGUUUACUGAAGAUCUGGCCGAAUUGAGGCGUAAACGAAGGGAUAUGCAGGAUCGUAUCUUCGAUGUUAUCGAUUUAAAUGUCGAAAUCGAGAAAGCUAGGAAUACUCUCGAACAAGCGGAUAUUGCUUUUCAACAACAUGCGACAAAAUUCGAUAAUACAGAUACCUGCGAUGGCACAAGAUUAAAAAAAUUUUCUAAUAUGGAAAUUUUCUCAGAAAAACCACAGCCGAAAACCAUAAAAUUUAUAAAAGUCCCCAAUAUUGAUAUAGAAUCGUGUAUGCCACAACCUAUAAAAUCAAGAAGAGACAAAAUCAACUCGAUAAUGGAACCAAAUGAAAUUGCAAAUCCAUUAAAUACCAUUGCAUUGCUACCGUUAAACAAGAAAUUUUCAAAUAAAAAGAAAAGUGUUUCGUUUUAAAAAAAUUCAGUGAAUAUUUUAAAUUAUUAUUGUAUGUUAUA